GUACAUUCAUUGCUACGGGUGAGGUGAGAAUGCGAGGCAAUCGCGCUGGAUUCACUUGUGAAUUGGAAAUUUGAUAGAUAAGUUGCGCUUGGAGCACAGGUGAAACUGCACUUUUGCAAACCAACGACUGGACUAAACGCAUUUCAAUCGGAAUUAAAGAAUCAGCUGAAUUAUGCAACGCAUUGCUAUUAUUGGAGGAACCGGCAUGACCGGCGAGUGUGCCGUGGAUCACGCCCUGCAGAAGGGUCUGUCGGUAAAAUUGCUAUACCGCAGCGAAAAGACAGUUCCAGAACGCUUCAAGUCCAAGGUUGAACUGGUCAAGGGAGACGUGACCAACUACGAGGAUGUGCAGCGCGUUAUCGAGGGCGUGGAUGCGGUGGCCGUCAUCCUGGGCACCCGCAACAAGCUGGAGGCCACCACGGAGCUAUCCCGCGGUACCGAGAACCUCAUCAAGGCCAUGAAGGAGGCCAAACUGACCAAAUUCUCUAUUGUCAUGUCCUCGUUUCUGCUGCGCCCACUCAACGAGGUGCCCUCUGUGUUCCACCGCCUAAACGAGGAGCACCAGCGCAUGCUGGACCUGACCAAGGCCUGCGAUCUUGACUGGAUCGCCAUUCUGCCGCCGCACAUCGCCGAUGAACCGGCCACCGCCUAUACCGUCGUCCACGACGAGGCCCCCGCUCGUCUGGUGUCCAAAUACGACCUGGGAAAGUUCAUUAUCGACAGCCUGGAGCAACCGGAGCACUACCGCAAGGUUUGCGGCAUUGGCAAAAGCCCCAAAAGUGCCUAGAACUAUCUAUCAUCCAAUGGGAUUGUGACCAAUUGCAGCUGAUCAUUGAAGACGUACAAAUUAAAUUUGAUAUUCCUAUCGUAGUCCUCUAUAGUUCGCCAAUUGCAUGCAUACCCGCAUCCGUAUAUACGUACUGUGAGCGCACAAUAAACUUUCCAUUUUAGAAGAUCCGAA